AUGGCACCCACUUAUCACCCCACGAGCCUCCCUACAACGUUCGAAUUGACUGGAUUUCUUUACACAUUCUUUGUUCCCAAGGCCAACGACAUUCCAUUUGAGUAUCACAAACCGUUGACUCGCUCAUUCGACGCCUCCACCUUUCGAGUCUCUUCGGUAGUACUCUCAAUCACACCAACGACGGGUUUCUACACCAGUCUCCAGCAUGGCACGAAAGUCGGGUUUCUCCAUCGACCAUUCGGGCUAGACAGACGCAGUGUACCGAGACUGGCGACGAUACUUUCAAGCCACAAAGGCUUCGACGAGGCGCUGACGGUUGGAGCCAAUACGGCGCUGGCGGGGCGUCUUGGUCUCGACUCCUCUCGUUCUGCGAUCAUUCAAGGCUACAAGGGCGAUGCGGAACGGCGUAUUGGACUUGUAGCACCGUUCACUGAGCCUCGCGUCAACUCCGAUCGUGCGAAGGUGCUUGUGCUUCACGAAUUCCAAGAUCAGAUUGAAGGCUCUUUCGGAUUCGACGAGCUGGAAUCGGAACCCAUCAAGGCCAUCGCGAUCAUGAACGCUUUUCAUCCGGAAGAAGUGGACCGGGCGGUUGAGACGGCGAUAGGAUUGGGACUACUGGCAGGGUCGGGGGAUACGACGGGCUUGUUGUAUCUGACUGGUGCCAUCCGUGAAGCAGGGCUCGACUACGCCAGGAGCAAGGGGAUCAAAGUCAUCUGCGUGGGCCACCGGGCGUGCGAAGAAUGGGGCAUUGCCUACCUGGGCGACCGCAUCCGGAAGCGGUUCCCUAGUCUCCGGGUAGAAGAGGUCUAUGAGGAGGAAGAGCCGCGGCAGCAGCUGAAGCAUGCGCAGGCAACUUCAUCCGCCUGA